UAGCUCCGCCCUCCUUUGUACGUCACUGCUGCGCCGGAAGUGGGAGUGGUUAUUUUCGGCAGUGACACAGGGAAACUGAAGAAUGGAGGAGAUCGGAGUUAUCACAGAGAAGAGCGGCAGCCAGGAUGAAGCCCCCUCCCUGGUGUCCACCCGUCCAGUUACGGCGCUCUCGUUUCUGGGUCCGGAGCCUGAAGAUUUAGAGGAUCUGUACAGCCGCUAUAAGAAACUGCAGCAGGAGUUGGAGUUUCUGGAGGUUCAGGAGGAAUACAUCAAAGACGAGCAGAAGAACCUGAAGAAGGAGUUCCUGCACGCCCAGGAGGAGGUGAAGCGCAUCCAGAGCAUCCCGCUGGUCAUCGGCCAGUUCCUGGAAGCCGUGGACCAGAACACCGCCAUAGUCGGCUCCACCACAGGGUCUAAUUACUACGUGCGGAUCCUGAGCACCAUCGAUCGGGAGCUCCUGAAGCCCAACGCGUCCGUCGCUCUCCACAAACACAGCAAUGCCCUGGUGGAUGUGCUGCCCCCGGAGGCCGACAGCAGCAUCAUGAUGCUCACGGCAGACCAGAAGCCGGACGUGCUGUACUCGGAUAUCGGAGGCAUGGACAUCCAGAAGCAGGAGGUGCGGGAGGCCGUGGAGCUGCCCCUUACUCACUUCGAGCUCUAUAAACAGAUCGGGAUUGAUCCACCCCGGGGUGUCCUGAUGUACGGGCCCCCUGGUUGCGGGAAGACCAUGCUGGCCAAAGCCGUGGCCCAUCACACCACAGCGGCGUUCAUACGCGUGGUGGGCUCGGAGUUUGUGCAGAAGUAUCUGGGUGAGGGUCCGCGGAUGGUGAGAGAUGUGUUCCGGCUUGCCAAAGAGAACGCUCCCGCCAUCAUAUUCAUCGACGAGAUCGACGCCAUCGCCACAAAAAGAUUUGACGCACAGACCGGAGCUGACCGCGAGGUGCAGAGGAUCCUCCUGGAGCUGCUCAAUCAGAUGGACGGGUUCGACCAGAACGUCAACGUGAAGGUCAUCAUGGCCACCAACAGGGCGGACACUCUGGACCCGGCUCUCCUGAGACCUGGGCGUCUUGACCGCAAGAUUGAGUUCCCACUGCCGGACCGCAGACAGAAACGUCUCAUCUUCUCCACCAUCACCAGCAAGAUGAACUUGUCCGAGGAGGUGGACCUGGAAGACUACGUCGCUCGUCCGGAUAAGAUCUCCGGAGCAGAUAUCAACUCCAUCUGCCAAGAGGGCGGUAUGCUCGCUGUGCGGGAGAACCGUUACAUCGUGCUGGCCAAGGACUUCGAGAAAGCGUACAAGACCGUCAUCAAGAAGGACGAGCAAGAGCACGAGUUCUACAAGUAAAGGGUGCGCGCCUCGGCCCGCCGGCCCCAUGUCCUCUGCCUGCCGACCCCCGUUAUUGUUUUUUCCCACAGUACUUACGGACAAUACAUUGAAUAAAAGGCUUCUGCCAUC